CCAAACUUUCUUUCAUAACGCAAUCAAAAGUCUACGGCAGCAAUAAUUCUGCACCAGCAAUACCAGAAACACCAAAAGGUCAGUCACCAAAUGCCUCAGAUGCCGGAAGCUCUCCGAAAUUAUACCUAUCGCCUUCAAAUUCGUCUUCGUCUUCCUCUUUGUCUUGCUCUUUCAAGGAAAUAGAGGAACACGAUUACAAGCCAGAAUAUAAAAAAAGAAAGAUCAGGGAAAAAUGUGAAAACAUUAUGAAAGAAAUUCACAAGAUUUGCGAUGACAAUGGCGAAACGUUGUGCAAUGUUUUGUCGCGUUGUUGUGUUCUUUCCAGGGGUGAACUUCCAAAUAGGAGUAGGAAGAUUAUCCAGGAUGUCAUUUAUGAAGUUGAGAACACUUUUGGAAUAAAGAAGACCCUUCAGGAAUGCAUACCAAAAGAAAUCGUCGAAAAGCAAGUCCAGGCUAUGACUGUACCAGACUGGCAGCUUCUCUUGCUAAAAUUGCAAAUCCCAAUUUCGGAUGAUGGAUGGCAAAAAAUCUUAAAUGUCACUGAGUUAGGAAAAAAAGGUAGGUCAUCCAGGGCUCAAGUGCUAUUGUCUAAAAAUUGUAUUAAGGCUGUGAAAAGUCAUGUCUUUGGCAAAGUUGAAGACCUGUUCACUGUGAAACCAAUAGAAGAUGAUGAUACACCAGGGUAUGAUGUAUCUCUUCAGCCAGUUAUUCACUGGCAAGCAAGAGAGCUACGACUGCAUGGUCACAACACUGAACACAUACAACUGAACAUCAAGCUGGAUGGAAGACCUUUUUCCGGAAGAAAACAGGUACUAGUUGGCAUUAUACCCUCAAGUACUGCUCACUGGUCAAACCACAGUUGUAAAUCCUUUCUCCCGCUGGCAAUAGCAAAUUGUGAAGAAAAUAGAAAAAACCUUAAAAGCCUUGUUGCCAAGCUGAAUAAAGAAAAAAAGCUCAUCAAAGAUAGUGGAAUCGAUGUUGAUGGCAAGCAUUAUACUGUCUCAUUUAAAGUGACUCUAGACUUGAAAGCGCUACACCUUCUUUUGGAAAAAGAAGGUGAGGAAGAUUUUGUGCUUGGAGGAAAAGGACUGGAAGUUGAGUUUUGCUUUAUAUGCCACGCCAAGAGGAACUGCAUUUGUAACAUUGGCCCAAGCACGGUAUGUCUAAAACAUUUUAGUGACACCAAGGCUAAUAUAGGAAGCACUAAUUUCAAAGGCAUAAGGAAUGAUCUGACCUUCUUACUGGAAGAGGAUUUGAAUUCAAUAAAUGUAUGUGUUCUCCAUUGUGAGUUAAGAAACACAGAACAUCUAAUUGCAUCUCUUGGGCUUCAAUGCUAUAGAAUAGGUACCUUAAAGCAAUGUAAUGAGUCAUUAUCAAACUAUGGACCAGAAACAACUGGAAGCAGAAUUAGUGUGAAACUGAAAGAAGGUCAGCAAACUGUCGUCAAUAAGAACAAUGUCACAGUUAAGUCAUUUUCAGGUAACACAGAAAGACGCAUCCUUGACAACAUAGAAGAAAUCCUUGAUGAUUGCUUGCCUCAUGAAGCUGUGAAGACAGAAUUUGUUGACCCAACAGCUGCAAAACUAUUUUUACUGAACAAAGUUUCUUUCUGCACUCAGCGAAUAAAGUAUUAUUCCAGCCUUAAAACUGAAGACAAUUUUGUUAGAGAUUUUGGUAAUGAAAAAGAGGAGGUACAGCUUUCGUAUUCAGAUGCUGGUAAAAUGGUGGAUGAAUACAUAUGCCUUUGGAAGGAAAAAAAGAAGGAGAUUUCUGAACAGCUGUCAAAAGCGGCAUUGAAGCCUCAAAGUACAAAAUCUGCAAGUAACAAAAAGGAAGGUUGUGGUAACAUGCUGGCUGACUACGCAGCGCACAUUUUUCUUGAAUUCUUUAAAAAGGUUUUCACUGAUUGGAGAGAAAUAGCCACAAUAUUAAGAAAAGAGGUGUAUGGAAAGGAUGAGCAGCACUCCAUUGAUGURUAUGACCUAAAGUGCAAGGAAUGGGGGUUUCUUCUACGUGAGAUGUUUGGAUCGUCACUUGGGACGGGUGACUAUGGUCAUAUUGUAAUAGAACAUUCAAGCAUGUUGCUGAGGCAGUUUGGUAGUUUAAGAGAAUACUCCCAACAAUCCAUUGAGUCAGCGCAUUCAUUGCAAAGACAACUUUAUUCCAAGGCAACUUCGCAUGGCUCCACCUCUUCCAUAAAGCAGAUUCUCCUUCACUUCUACUCCGAGCGAAUUCUUUUCCUGAGAUUGUGUUUUAGAAAAGCCUUGGAAUGUAAUUCGAAAGGUGAUGUAUUUCACUUUGGAGGAUGCGGUUGGUCGAUGAGCGGUGCAAAGGCAAUACGCUGGUCAUCUGCCGAUAUUUCAUGGAUCACAAAAAUGGAUUCUCUGUUGACAAAAAUUUUUGGUGAAGAUUUUCUGAGGUACAAAUGUGAUAAACUUACGAAAGUGAUGGAAAUUGUACCUGAGAGCCUGYCAUCGUUUGUGUAUAACCAUGAAGAAUGGGAAAAAGAAUAUAAAACCAGUCUGGAUGUAUCAAACGUCAGCAAAUCACUAUCCAGUAAAGUGAACCAACACGCUGAGGWUAGCAAAUCGCAACCAAUUACAAAAGUGGUUGGCAAUUCACAAUCUUCCAACAAACAACUGUUGACGGCAAACGUUUCAACCAUACUSGAGCCUGACCUCAGAAGUAUGAAGAAAAAUAACCUCACCAGGAGACAGAUAUCUCAAAUUCAGCUCCCAAAAGUAGUCCAGUUGUCUCAUUUAGAUCUUGAAGUAGUAAAAUCUCCUGUGAGGUUUAGUAAUCCGUUUUUGAUAGCUGCAAGACCCUCAAGAGGCGCAAUAAACAAAUGUAAAAACUUGCUACAGGUUUUUAAAAUGAAAUCAAUAGGUUCUGCAAUUCUAAUUGACUCGGAUGACGACGAGGAUGAAUACGAUACAGAUGACAUAGGAAUUCAAGUUGGUGGUCUGGGUGUCUUCAGCCGAUAUGCCAUUGAUAUCUGGGAAAAGGCUAUUGAGGCCUCAAUAAUAUCUCAUGAGGUUGAAGAGGAAUUGAACUGGCUUGGAAAAAGUUAUGGCAUCUUAACACCUGAGGAAGUAAUCUCCAUUGCGUCUAUGCUGUUAGACCAUAAGCCAAACGAUACGAUUUUAUCAGUCGGGGACAUUAUCGUUGAAGCCCAGGACUUAUCAAAAUUGGUUGGAGAGAGAUAUUUGAAUGGUUUCGUGAUUGAUAUGGCUUGUUUAAUGAUCAAGGAAAGUUCGAAGCAGAAAAACUCUCUCUUCCUACCAACGAUUUUUCAGCACUGGACAASAAGUGUCAUCAAGAACAAAGUCAGAAAGUACCUCUUCAAUCCUGACGAGUUGUCUGAACUGGACUGGAUUAUGACACCACUUCACUUGUCAGAGUCACACUGGGGACUUCUUGUUGUAAACAUCAAGUCUAAACAUGUUUAUUAUGACGACAGCUUACACUGGAAGCCACCCUCCAAUAUUGUUUGCAUCACAACGAAACUUCUUCAGGCAUUGCAAGAUGUAGCAUAUAACAAAGAAAAUGAAUUUGACCCUUCUUUUUGGGAUUUCUCAAAUGUAACUGCGUUCGGAAUGCCAACUCAACCUGCAAGUAGCGGAGGUUGUGGGAUGGGUGUUAUCAUGUCUGUAAGCACAAUAAUGAAUGGCCCUAAAGAAAAUCUUCCAGUUUUCAACUGGAAAUUUGAUGACAUGCACAUCCAUCGACGUCUACUAUUAAAACAGUUCUUGGAGUGGAGAAUAACACAGGGGCGAAUAAAGUUUCCCUAAUUUACUAAAACCUGGAUGACAUUGACGUGAAGGUUUUUCUGUUACCUGACUACAA